GGCUGGGUUUGGCCCAGUUUCACCCCUAGUUAGUAUCCAUUAUCCUGCCACUCAAGCUCCGAAGAUCUGCAAUUCGACUGAAGCUUUGAAGAUCUGGAAGUCGACUGAAGCUCAAACGAAAAGUGACGCCAUUCGAGAGUACUUUUAACUCUAUCCGCGCCAGUACUGCUCCCAAUUCCGCAAUCCCAAUUGAACUCGGACCCCGCCCGACCACGCGAACUAGUUUUGCCGAUCUCACUGCCGUCGGAGCUCUGCCAUGGGGCUUCUCAGCAUCAUCAGAAAGAUCAAGCGAAAAGAGAAGGAAAUGCGUAUUCUCAUGGUCGGCCUGGACAACUCCGGGAAGACGACGAUUGUCCUGAAGAUCAACGGAGAAGACACCAGCGUCAUCAGUCCUACCCUCGGCUUCAACAUCAAGACCAUCACUUACCACAAGUAUAUGUUGAAUAUAUGGGAUGUUGGUGGGCAGAAAACGAUAAGGUCGUAUUGGAGGAACUACUUUGAGCAAACUGAUGGCCUGGUUUGGGUUGUGGAUAGUUCAGAUCUUAGGAGGCUAGGUGAUUGCAAAAUGGAACUUGAAAAUCUGUUGAAGGAAGAGGUACUUAACUACUAAUCUGGUUUCUCUCUGCCCACUUUGCUGCUGCUGCCGAAUUUCAGCUCCUGGCCUUUAGUAUUCAUAACUGUUUGCUAUUUUUGAUUUGGCAGAGGCUAUCUGGAGCUUCUUUGCUGAUAUUUGCUAACAAGCAAGACAUCAAUGGGGCUCUUACACCCGAGGAAAUCGCCAAGGUACUGAACUUGGAUAACAUGGAUAGAACCAGGCAUUGGAAGAUCAUCGGUUGUAGCGCAUAUACGGGUGAAGGUCUGCUUGAGGGAUUUGACUGGCUAGUUCAAGAUAUCGCCUCCAGAAUAUAUGUGCUUGACUAAAAUCAUAAGCAGAUGUCGACCUUUUGUUCUUGGUUUCCUUUUGUAUUUGUGAGGAUUUGGAUCAUAGGAAUUGAGUGUUUUGAUCUUAGUCUCGUCGCCUGAACUUUAGUGCACAGAGGCUUCAUUUUUGAACUUACUGGACCUUGAGGCGCAACUCCAAACAUGCACUGCUUAGUGCUAAAUGAGGUAAAAACAUGUGCAUCAUUCAUAUUCCAGAUUACAGGGCCCUCUUUAUGUCACAGAGCUACACAUCUGCAGCCAA